AUGAGGUCAGCUCCUGUGUCAAGAUACAUCCGAGUCCAUUGAAUUGGCAAGUACACAGCUGGUGUCUCAGUUGACAUCUGCCGGGCAAAACAUGGAACGCAUGCGGCAGGAGGCCACUAGAGGCUAUGGCCGUUUAGGCGAUGUGUUGGAAGGUUUGAAGGAUGCGGACGAUCGGAAACGCUCCGGUUUGAAGGGUCUGGCAGAGAUCGAUGUGGUGAAGACACGAGUGGAAACUGCCUGCAACGCACUGAGGGAGGUGGGUUCUUGGGAACGAAAGGUGAAGGACUGCGAACAGAUGGUCCAUGCCGGAAAUUUGAGCGAAGCCUUGGGCCAACUUCAAGGCUUGAAAGGUGUCCUGGAUGCAUUUCGGAUGUUACCCGAAUUCGCACGGAAAUCGGAACAGCUGAACCAACUCCAGGAGCAGCUCUUGUUCUCUGCCCGGCGCCGUGCGCGCAGUGCGCUGGAGAAAAAUAGCGCAGAGGAGUUGAGGGCCUGUAGCGAGGUCUUCCAUGGCAUGCAGAGACAAGAGGAAGCAGUCUCCAUCGCCAACAGCGUGCUGUUGGAGCUCUGUGAGCGCGCGUGGAGUAGCCAGGGCGCCCGCGACGCGAAAUUGUCGCCGGGCGACGUGGCGGCUGUGGCGGCUGCAGCGCAGGCCACGUUCCAGGCGCUAACGCAGGCGUUGGAGGAGCGCUGGCCACUGUUGCAGGCGCUGGAGGCGAGCGCCUCCGAGGACUCACCACCUGCCUUGGUAGCAGCCACUGUCAAGGCAGCCUUAGCGGCCCUGGCUGCGAAGCUGUUGGACAUCAUCGGUGAUGGAAAGAGCGGUGCUCAGGUGGAUGAAGCCACGGCCAAUCAGCGGGCGUCCAUGGCGGUCGGCUUGCUGGGUGUCUACGUGGACGGCUUUGCACGUCUUCAGCAACUCUCAGCCAUGCAGCAGGCGUGGCCCCAGGUGUGUGCUGCGACACAUGAGGCCGAGGCACUUCCAUGGCCCUUGCUACGAGAAGUGGUGCGUUUUGUGCUGCUGCGACCCAUGGAGGACGACGCUGCAGCACUGGCACCCCAAGGGCUGGCGCAAUCCUCCAGGCCAUCAGAGGCUGUGCUCGCCGCCGAGUCCAAUGCGACCAGGCUUCUACAGAUGCCCAGCACGUGGUCGAGACGUUUGGAAAGCCAAGGGGCCGCCCAAUUGGCCGUGCCAUGGUUGGCAUGCGUCGACGAGGCAAAUGCUGCCUAUUGGCGACAGUGGGAAAAACUCGUGGGGAUCUUUGACAACACCUUGAAACACCGAAGUGCUGAGGCCGCAAAUUCGGGCGCUUCAGGAUUUGACUCCGCGUUCCUUCAAGAAGUCAUGCAACUCCACUCAGUGCUUCAUGACAAUUUGCAGCAGAAGUUCACGACUUUCCAGGCAGAUGUCAUGCAACAAGUGGGGCAGUUGCGAUUCGACGGCGAGCCGUCAGCAUUUGGUAUGGUGUUAAAGGAGAAGAUGAAGGACCCACAAUGGCCCUCUCAGUUGGGCAUUCCUUCGGAGUCCUCCUUGAGAUCUGCUGCAGACUUCAUCGAAGGCUCAGCUUCCUCUGGGGUGCUCCCAGCGGCAGCAGCUGCGCUGUCCAGAGUGGAGAACCAGGUGCGAGAGGUGGUUUGUCGCUGCUGUGCCGAGCCGGUGAUGCGCAUUCUGAAGGACUAUCCGGAGAUGCCAGAAUGGAAUCUCCAGUCCGACGAGAUCGCCCAUGGUCCUUUGCAGUGCAUCACCUUGGUGCCAGAACAUCUCUUCUCGUUGAUGCCGCAACUGGAGAAGUCCCAGGAAGGCUCUGAGCUUCAAUGGCUUCCAGCGAUCCUAGAAGCCUCUGUGGAUGUGGUGGUCGACAAGGUCAUGAAGAUCAGAGAGCUCACAGCUGCGGGCGCCAGUCAGUUGGCGGUGGAUUUGGAAUACCUUCGCAAGGUUCCAGAUGCCUUGGGCAGCACUGGAGGAGCUGAUGGCGCUGCGGGGCGCUUGAAAGACCUGCUGGAGACGGUGGAAUAUUUGGCCUUGCAGCAGCGGCGCAAGAAGGAGUGCAUGGCUCAGGGCGUCACAUAUGUAGAGGAGACCCGGACCACUGUUCCCGCCCGGAACCGCACCGCGGAGCGGCCUUUGCGACUGGCAAUGGGCCUGAGCUGAAACUCGCUUCGCUCUGCGCG